ACAUCAAAAUGGCGACAUUGGACGGAAUUAAUGUGAAAGAUAUUGUAAAGGUUGAACGCACCUCCGUACAUUCACAUAUUACUGGUCUAGGUCUUAAUGAUCGUUUAGAAGCUGAAUAUGUGUCUGGAGGAAUGGUCGGCCAGGUUGCCGCUAGACAAGCUGCAGGACUUAUUGUCAAAAUGAUUCAGGAGGGAAAAAUUGCCGGACGUGCUCUUCUUGUGACAGGAGAGCCUGGAGCUGGAAAGACUGCUAUCGCCAUCGCAAUUUCCAAAGAACUUGGUGAGGACACCCCAUUUGUCAGUAUUGUCGCUUCAGAGAUUUAUUCAAACGAAAUCAACAAAACAGAGGCACUUACUCAAGCUUUUCGACGUGCUCUGGGAAUUCAGAUUAAAGAAGAAACUGAAGUUUUGGAAGGAGAAGUGAUCUCGUUGGAAGUUGAUCGGUCAGCAAAUGGAAUGGGACCAAAGGUCGGAAAACUCACAAUGCGUACAACUGAUAUGGAAACUAUCUACGAUCUUGGAUCAAAAAUGGUUGAUGCGUGUCUGAAAGAGAAAGUGAUGCCCGGUGAUGUUAUUCAAGUUGAUAAGGCUUCUGGACGUGUUACUCGACUUGGCCGUUCAUUCAACCGUUCCCACGACUAUGACGCAAUGGGUCCAAAAGUGAAGCUUGUUCAGUGUCCAGAUGGAGAAAUUCAAAAGAGACGUGAAACUGUUCACACAGUUUGUCUUCACGACAUUGACGUCAUCAAUUCUCGUACCCAAGGAUACGUGGCACUCUUCUCAGGAGACACUGGAGAGAUCAAAGCAGAAGUGAGAGAUCAGAUUAAUAAGAAGGUUUUGGAGUGGAGAGAAGAGGGAAAAGCAAAGUUUGUACCAGGAGUAUUGUUUAUUGAUGAAGCUCAUAUGCUUGAUAUCGAAUGCUUUUCGUUCCUCAACAGAGCCAUCGAAGGCGAACUCAGUCCCUUGAUUAUCAUGGCCACCAACAGAUUGAUCGAAAAAGUGCGUGGAACAGAUGUCGAAUCUGCUCAUGGCAUCCCAUCUGAUUUCCUUGAUCGUAUGCUCAUCAUCAACGCGAUCCCAUAUACUAAAGAAGAUACAGCAAAGAUUUUGUCAAUUCGAUGUGAUGAAGAAGGAGUCAAAUUGCAACCAACUGCCCUUGAUCUUCUAGUGAAAUUACAAGAAGCCACAUCUCUUCGUUACUGUAUUCAUCUCAUUGCUGCUUCUGAAGUUAUUCGUAUUCGCAGUAAAGCUGAAAUUGUCACCACUGAUCACAUUGGAUCAGCUUAUCGUUUGUUCUUCGAUACUAAAAGAUCGGAAAAGAUUUUGACCGAGGAAUCUGCUGGAUUCCUGCAAUAAAAUCUUUCUCAUUUGUUCCACCAUUGACUCUUCUCAGAUCCUCAAAUUUUGUUGUUGAUUUAUGUUUUGCCUGUUUUGACUAUUUCGAUUCCCUUUUCAUUUCGCUCUCACUUUCUACUAGUUUUAUAAAACAAUUCACAUUGUUACCAUAAAUAUUGUUGAAAAAGAUU